GGAUGAGCACUAGAACUCGUUGAAAGAGAUGUCGAAAGAAACCUGCAUAACCAUAUUACGACGAAAGAAGAAAGAAGAUAAGGAAUGGAUCUCGACGGACACAUGGAAGCUGAUAGAGCAGGCAGAGGAGGAUGGUGAAGCAGAAGAUAAAUCAGUGCAGUGCAAGGACGAACAACGAAACGAGGAACUGAACACAACAUAUAAAACACUCGACAAAGAAGUGAAGAAGAGUGCACGCAAAAACAACAGACACUUCUACAACACACUGGCAAGUGAAGCAGAACGGGCUGCAGGUAGCAGAGACACAGACCUGACAACACUACAUCAAAUAACCGAGUUACUAUCUGUGAGGGGAGAGAUCAACACAGAUGAAACCAAUGAAAGACAGUGAACGAAACCUAGUUAGCAAAGAGGCGAAACAAAGGAAACAGUGGGCUCACCACUUCACCACCACCUGCAACUCGUCCAGAAAUACCAUCAGCAGCCCAACCAAACAACUACCAGUGAACACAAGCCCUCCGACAAAAGACAAAGUCCUCAAUGCCAUAACGUUGCUGAAAUCCGGGAAGCAGCACGACCACAAGGAAUUCGUCAGAAACACUGAAAACAAAUCCACAGACAACAGUGGACAUCCUCACACCACUACUGAACAAGGUUUGCAAGAAAGAAAGCAGAGGUACCUGCCUAUUGAUUGGA